AUGGACGAGAUGGACGACAAGCCAAGCCCAACGGAACGUGCAUCCCAUCAUUGGUGGACCUCUCCGCAACGAACUAAGCUCCUCGAACUAAUUAUCGAGCAAAUUGAUGAAGGCCAGAAACUCGAUAGACGGGCUUCGAUGUCUGACGACUUGAUCUUGAGCGGCCACGCGUGGAGGGAGAUCCGGAAGGAGUUUAACAGGUCCUUCGGCCUCAACAUGACCUUCAAGCAGAUCAAGAGCCAGAAGGCUUUUAUCCGGAGCAGCACGUGGGACCAACUCACCAAGAUUGAUCCUCAAAAUCGAUUUAAACAGCUAAAAGACCUGCCUUUCCCAAUGUACAACCUCGCCGAUCGGGCCUUCAACCAUACAAGCCUUCCGGCAACGAGCACCGAAAUUAAAUCCGAAGCCCCACCCUCAUCAAGUAGCCCAACCAAGGCAGACGCAGACGAGAUGCCAGUCAAGCAGGAAGGAAGUAGCUCCUCAAAACGGCCAUUCUUUUCCUUCGAUGAUGACAGCGAUGUCGAAGUUCUACCGCACCUACCGUCUAAACGUCCUUGCAACAGGGAAUCACCCGAAACAAACAGAAACGACCAGAUGAUAGACUCGGUUGACCCAGGAAGACCGUCAUCUCCUAAAAGCGCGACGACCUCUGCAAAACCUCAAGAGCAAGCUCGCCCACCUCGCUCUACAAUCCCACCGGAAGAUUCUCCUGCCAAGUCUCCGCAAGAAGAGAGACCGGAGGCCGUCGUAGAAGACAGCACGGGCAAGGCGGCACAAGAAGAUAAUCUACCCGACACUUCUCAGCAAGAGUCGUCUAUUCAAGAAAAAGAUCAACCAAAUGACCCUCCACAAGAAGAUAAUCCACCCGACACUUCUCAGCAAGAGUCGUCUAUUCAAGAAAAAGAUCAACCAAAUGACCCUCCACAAGAAGAUAAUCCACCCGACACUUCUCAGCAAGAGUUGCCUAUUCAAGAAAAAGAUCAACCAAAUGACUCUCCACAAGAAGACAAUCGACCUGACACUUCUCAGCAAGAGUUGCCUAUUCAAGAAGGAGAUCAAUCAACCAACACUCCACCUCCUAUGCAAGACUCGCCCGCCAUCCUACCUCAAGAAGCGGAAGCUUCAAAUAAUGCCCCACGUUCCAAAUCGCCUGCGACAGCUCAGAGAGAGGAUCCACAAGCAGACCCUCCGGCACCUUCGCCUCAAGAUUCCGUCUUUGCACAAGCCAUGCGAUCUCUGUGCGAUGUUUUCCUGGACAAAGUUGAUGAUCGAAAAUUUAGUCGGUUUGUUCGAAUCCUCAGAGAUAAAAAAAAAGCCGCCACUUUCCUGUUUUUAGUUCAUCACUCUAACAUAAGCCUUUGCCAAACUUGA